AUAGUGAAUCCCCUUCUCAUCUUUCUUUAAAAGAUUCCUGCACCCUCCUUUUCUCUUCACAAGAUCUUCCUUGAUCACUACACAGUCAUUACCAAGUACCUUUUGCACAAAAAAGAGUUUCUUUCGUUCAUUUCCAACUCUACAGUCACUCUUUAACUUAAGAACAUACACUCUUUGCGAAAGCGACAGAUUACUUGACAUAUUAAAAGCAAAAAAAGCACAAUUUGGGUAUAUAACAAUUUUUCUUUGGAUAUUUUCAGGAGCAAGGGAGGAGCAUUGAAAAAUUUGAGAAUAUAUCGCAAAGGAAGGAACAUAUCAUUUACGAGGAAUCUAGAACAGAUAAAUUAUCCUUCGAUACCUAUCAAUCAUCAUGCAAUUCACCACUCUCUCCUUGGCCCUUUUGGCCGGAAUCGCCACCGCUUCUUCUCAUGAAGGUCAUUACCACCCCAAGCGUGUUACCAACGGUACCAUCUCUGCUGCCACUAGCCUCGCUCCUCAAACCACCAUGACCGUUUACGCGACCACCGUCCGAACCAUCACCUCGUGUGCUGCCUCCAUCACCAACUGCCCAGCUCGUGCCAGCUCUUACGCUUCGGGUGCUGCUACCCCAUCCGAGGUUAUCGUUACUGAUACCAUCACCUUGGCAACCACCAUUUGCCCAGUCACCGAGGCCGCAUCUGCCAGCUCUGCUAUCACCAGCAAGCACUUGACAUCUGCUCUUGCAUCUCUUUCAUCCGAGAUUGCCAAGGCAGCCAGUUCCGGUUCUUUCUAUGGUGCCACUACCACUACAAUUGCUCUAGGUUCUAGUGCAGUUCCCUCCCCAGCUGGCGUUUCCAGCGCAGCAGGUAUUGAGACCACUCCAGCUUCCUCAGGUGUUGCCGCACCAACUGGAUCUUACCCAUACUCCGUCUCUGCUCCUCUCGGAACUGGUGUCGUUUCUUCUGCUCGCGUUGUUACCGGUAGUUCUAGCCACACUUUGACCUACACUCUCGGUUCCGGUUCAUCUACCACCGUUGUCACAACCACCAUUGUCGAGACUUCCGCCUCUACCAUCUAUUUGACCGUCACCCCAUCUCAAACCGUUCCAGGUUCUGCUGAAACCCCUGCCGUUUCCUCCAACGCUGGUGUCGUUUCUGCUGGUGACUCUACCACUUCCCAAACCACCACAAUCUACGGUACCUCCACCUCUACUCACUACGUCACCGUUUCAGCUAUUUCCCCAGCUGGAUCCGCCGCCACUAGUCUCUCUGGUGUCUCCGCCGUUGUAUCAGGUGGCUCCCCAUCUGCUCCUGCUGGAUCUUCCCCUAGCGCCCCUUCAGUCCCAGGCUCUGGUUUACCAGUUGCAUCAUCUGGUUCCUCCGGAGUUGAGACCUGUGCUCCCGCUGAGGCCUCCACCGUCACAGUCACCGCCACUGUUGCCGCCGAAACCGUUACAGUCGCUGCUCAGACCGUCACUGUUGUAAGUCUUUAAUUUAUCUCCCUUCAAUUAACUUAUUCUAAUAAACACAUCUAGACCGCUGACUGUGCCGCCACUGAUGCCAUCUCCGGUAUUCAAACUGCUGUUGUCGCUACCUCUGCCGCCGCAGCUGUUUCUACCGAUGCCUCCGUCAUCGUUAGCACUGCCACCGUUGUCCCAAUCCCAGCUACCACCGCCGCCAUCUCUUCCAUUCCUCUCUACGGUAACGGAACUGCUGUCACUUCCACAAAGAAGUCUAGGUGCGCAUCUUCUGGUUUCUUGACCAGCAAGGCUAGACCAACUGGCGCUAAGCCAACUGGUUACUAAAUUCUCCCUUGAAGGAAGAAUUUUGUAUAUUCUUGAACUCGACUUGAUGAACUGCUUCUUGACAGCGAAGUAAGUGAUUGGGUAUGAGAAGAUGUUGGAGGUGGGGGUUUCUUUUGUUACUUUGUACAUUGUCGAUUUUGCAAAAUAUUAUGAAGGGGACGAGGGGAUCAGACAAUUAGAAGUUUGCGGAUUGAUGUAAGGGAUUGAUAUCAAUGAAGACCAAAAAAACCAAAUACUUUCUUGUGCACAGCUUUUGAGAGUUUUUAUGUAUGCGUUUUUUGUGUUUUACCGAAUGUUUUGCUUGCUUGUGCAUUUUUGGUCAUCAGGUUAUGUCCAACCAGCAUGGAGUU